UGUACACGUGAGAUUCUGCUAAGUAAAGUUCGUGUUGUUUACCCAGUUUUCGGACAGUUUGCGGUUGCUACGUGAUGUGAAGCCUGCUAACGCAAAUAAACCCCGAAAGCCUAUACUACGCAGGGAACGACCACGACACUAGAAGCAAUGGGAAUCCACAGACUUGCAGAAUACAUGAAGUCUUUGUUUAUGGUGCUGAUGGCGAUAAUGACUUUCCUGGGCAUCAUUUGGACGAAGAAAGACAUACAAUCAAAAAGAGUGUUCCCUGUUCCUGCCUCACAUCACAACUACACAAAAUCUGAUGACCUGCACAUCCCUCUCACCCCUCUCAUCCCUCUCACGACCAAGCCUGUGGCUGAUAUUGGUAUGGCCCCACAUGAGGUGCACAAGAUCCAAGAUUUGCUCCACUGGCCUGGUCCACACAAACAAAUUAAAAAUUUCCUCCAAAGCACCGCUCCAUCCAACACAUAUUUCCACAUUCCUGGGCUGAGGAAGACCUACCAGUUGGGGGAGGAACUACAUGUCACUGUGGUGGCCAGGGAUUUCCACAAAAAGCCCAAGCGAUAUGGAGGUGACUACUUCCAGGCCAAACUUUUCUCAUCCAAACUGAAGGCUAGUGUGUUUGGGGAGGUGACAGAUCUGGAGAAUGGGUCCUACUCAGUGCGCUUUCUCCUGCCCUGGUCUGGGGAGGCUUGGGUAGCUGUACGCCUGAUCCACUCUAGCGAGGCUGUGCAGGUCCUGAAACAACUCCGGAAGUAUCAGUCGGACCGCGUCUACUUCAAGGGCCUGUUCGUGGGAACAGGUCUCAAUGGGGCAAAGCUUAAAGAGACAAUGGAGUGCAAUUCAAAGUGGGAUGGGCCAGGUCUGGAACGUAUGCAGAGGGGUAACUGCUGUGAGUAUCCAGACCCAAAAACAGGUGAGGUGUGGCUGUGCAAGAGGCCCAAAUAUCUGCCCUGUGAUGCCCUGGUCUACCAUGUGGUUGGGGGCUACAGGGCGAAGCUUGUGGACAAGAAAUAUACCAAUCAAUGGAUCAAAAGGAACAACAACAAAAUUAUAAUUAAUCCCUCCAAUACAACUGUUGGUGCGACAGAGAGAUGCAGACCUGGGCUGCAAAUCCCAGUCCCAGCUGGGUUCUACAUGAGGGACGUGUGGACCUGUCUGGUCUGCACCACCGGCCAUUUUAAUGCUCCCAAAAUAACCCAGUGCCUCAAGGAGAGAGAGCUCUUCAUGAUGGGAGACUCCACCAUGAGGCAGUGGUACCAUUAUCUGGGAAGUUCUGUGCCCAGCAUGAAAUACAUCAACCUUCACUCCGCUGAACAGGCAGGUCCUCUCUUGGCGGUGGAUGUGGAAAAUAAUAUAGUCUUGCAUUGGAGGGCCCAUGGCACACCACUGCGCUCUAAAGCGGCCCCAUUUGUUGACUUGCACUACAUCAGCAAUGAGAUUGACAGUAUAGCAGGCGGGUCCCGCAAGUUCAUCAUCUUCAACAUUUGGGCGCACUUCACAACUUACCCGCUUGAGUAUUACAUCCGUCGAGUGGCAAGGAUUCGGCAAGCUGUUAUUGCACUGCUGAAGCGGGCACCAGAUACGAUUGUCGUAAUCAAGUCUGCCAACACCACAACACUCAAGAAUGUGUACAGCUCUGACUGGUUUUCAAUACAGUUGGACAUAAUAUUGAGAAACGCCUUCCAGGGGAUUCAUGUAGCAUUCAUAGACGUCUGGCAAAUGACAUCCUGCCACUACAGUCCAGAAAGUAUCCAUCCCAACCCAACUGUCAUUGGGAAUGAGAUCAACCUAUUGUUGUCAUUCAUCUGUCCUGUCUGAAUGACCAUUUCUCCUUAACCCCACUUGUUCUGUCUCACAGUAUAGUAUACAAUUCAACACAAAAAUAAGUUAAGGAAGAGAUAAUCAUUGGCAAAGCCGAAAAAAUAUCACUGUCACAUUCAAGAGAGAAUAUUUGAUUGAAUCCUCAGCAGCCUGCCCAGUGGUACAUGUUGUUUGUAGACCACCAUAGUUACAGUACUCAUAGCAGGUAUUAAUGCAUUGUGUGUUUGAAGCCUUGUCAGUGCAUAGGUCAAAGUAAUGUUCUUGGUGCUUCUGUGAAUUUCCUGUCUUUCCUGUCCGGGGUGUGUUAAAGUGUCCCUGAGUGAGACACCUAACCCCCAAAUGCUCCUGAUGAGCUGGUUGGAGCCUUGCAUGGCAGCCUAAUCGCCGGUGGUGUGUGAAUGUGUGUAUGAAUGGGUGAAUGAGAAGCAUCAAUUCUACAGCACUUUGGACAAAGGCGCUAUAUACAUGCCAACCAUUUACCAUUAAAAGCAUCCACACAAACACACACACACAGUAGUCUACACAACAACACACAUUUGCACAAUCAAAUUAUUUCUCUCUUGAGAAUAAUUAAUUCUCUCUCACCCUUUAUCUUAUCUAUAUCUUAUCCUUUAUACACACUCUUAACAACAUACAGAUCUGCCCUUCAGAAAUGCACACACAUAUACACAAACACACAUAAACAAUAAAGGACAUAAAUAAUAUAGACAUGGUGCCUUAUGGUCAGCUGCACAUGAACAGGCAAUACAAUAAAACACUGUUGCAUUACUUUAUAAUCCAUGCACCAACAGAACAUUUGAAAAUGAAAGACAGCACAUUCAUUUGAUAUGAAAAACAUUUUAUUGUCAUUGUAGGUCGUAAAACAAAAUGUGUGGCACCUCUCAGUAAGAGCAUAAUAAUAAAUUAUUAUUGAAUUAUAAUCAUCAAUUAUUAAAGGCUGUAAAGGCAUCAUAGCCGCCAAUACAAGUCAGUCAAUGGUCUGUGAUAGUAACGUAGCCUUGUCUGUCUGUCUGUCUAUCUAUCUAUCUAUCUAUCUAUCUAUGUUUUGCAAUACACUCACCGAGCACGUAAUUACAUUUUACUUCAUUACACCUACUUAUUAAUGUGAUUAUCUACUCAGCCAAUUGUGUGACAGCAGUGCAAUGCAUAUAAUCAUGUACAUACGGGGCUUCAGUUCAUGUUCAACCAUCAGAAUGGGGUAAAAAUGUAAUCUAAGUGACUUUCACCAUGAAAUGAUUGUUGAUGGCAGACAGGGUGGUUUGAAUAUCUGAGAAACGCAAAUAACCACACAUUACAACAGUGGUAUGCAGAAGAGCAUCUCGAAACACACAACACAUCGUAACUCUAAGUGGAUACGCUGCAGCAGUAGAAGAAGAAAAGUCUAAUAAAUACGAACUUUAUUAACCCUAUAACAAACCACGGAGAAUGCCUCACACCAAUGUGAGAAAACACAUUGGAUUUUAGCAGACAGGGUGUCUAUUCUUAUACCAUUACACAUCCUAAGUUAUCGCAUGCAUACAUUACGGUGAAAGCCAAUCAUCUUCAUACAGUGUUUCAGUACUUUUCCAUCACACGUUGUACUCCUGGGCCCACCUCUGCUCCUUAAGUCAUUUAACAUUUGUUUUGCAAUUUACACACUGCUACAGCAAC